UUCGAGGAAACUAACCGCAGCAGAUCUUUCCUGCCCAGAUAGCGGCUCAACAAUACGCUAUAAAUAAAGCUGAUCUCCCUUGUUUGAUUGCCCCAUCCACAUCGUCCAACUCUUCAGCUGCCUCCUUGUCUAGAUUUGUAGAUCCAGAUAUGGGGAGGCCAAGCGUCCAUCAGAAGAGCCCCAGGGAAGGGAAGGCCAAGAAGAAGCCGGUCAAGGUGGUCUACAUCUCCAACCCCUUGAGGGUCACCACCAGCCCCGCCAAGUUCCGGGGCCUCGUGCAGAAGCUCACCGGCCGGGACUCCAACGUCGCCGACACCGACGCGAGGGCCAACUCGCCCACGGCGGACUCCGUGCCUGGACGCGCGGUGGCCUGUGACUAUGGCGGCACGCCAGGACGAGUCGAUCCGGCCCUCCAUUCGGGUGUCGCUCCGUAUGAGGCCGUGGAGGCGACGCCGUAUGAGGUGUUCGACGAUGUCUUCGCCCGGCAGAUAUUGGACACCUUUCCCGGCUUCGAGCGGUCGACGCUGUAUGUAAUAUGAGCCUUAUCUCUCGAGCAGGCGGGACGAGGAGACAUGCAUGCUUUUUAGUUCAGAUAAUUCCAUCAGCUAUCACAAUUGUCUGAUCUCGAUCUUAUGGGGUGAAUAGCACUCUUUGAUGGCCAUUCAUGAUAAAGCCAAGUUUCAUGA